CAUUCUGUUUAGUAAGGAAGAUGAAGACCUUGCCUAUGUUAGCGCCGCUCGGCUCUCAACUCUGUGUUCUGUGUUUGGUGAUUUGGGUGACUGUUUGUAUGAGCCUGGAACUUCGCGAUAAAGACAGCGGUUUCAUAUCAAAUAAGUUCGUUGCUCACCCGGGAAAACGAUUUGCGCUGCCCACCAUCUCACAAGCAGAGGACAAUAACCAAUCAAUUGUCCAAAAGAGCGUCCUGGUUGAUGACGUCAUGGAUUGUUCGUUUGAAUGUCUUACUGAAGGCUGGUGUCACUCCGUAAACGUCAGAUUGACAGCGACAAAGAGUGGAAGACACGUGUGUGAGCUUAUAUCUACUGAUAGAUAUAACCACUCUGAAUACUUGCUACAAGACAAGGACUUCGUGCACUUUGGGAUAAAGUCUCCCUGCGAAGAAUCGCCUUGCAGUAAUGGGGAGUGCGUGACAUUGUACGAUGAGCCGUACUUCUAUUGCGCAUGCUCGUCAGGAUACUACUGGACCGGAAGUGAGUGCGCAGUUGUUCAGAUCAGACUGUCGCACGGAUCUUAUGGCCGUGUCGAGGUGCUCCACAAUAGUCAGUUGGGAACGGUGUGCGAUGACCAUUGGACCAUCAACGAAGGGCGUGUCGUGUGUAGAUGGCUUGGAUAUGGAUCCGUAGUCUCUGUUUACCCAUCAGCUCAUUUUGGCCAAGGAAGCGGGCCGAUAUGGUUUGAUAAUGUCUAUUGCUCUGGCAGUGAGGCUACCCUGUUCUCAUGCCAAUUUACCCACAAUCAUGAUUGUUCUCACAGCGAGGAUGCGUCAGUUGUGUGUUCUUAG